AUGGAACCUAAAGAAACUGAUAAUGUAAUAAAAGAUGAGGACAAUGUGAAAAAGGAAGAACCUAUAUUAUCUAUUGAAAAAUAUUUAUUAAAAGAGUUUGGUGAUGGGAAAACGAAUAAGAAGGAUGUUAUGAGAAAAUUGAGAAAGAGGAUAUAUAAUCAUAAAAAUUCAGAAGAGAUAUACAAAAAAUUAAAAGAGAUUCAUGGGAAUAGUGGUAUAUGUACACGUCAAUGGAAGGAAGGUAGUUUUGCUUUUAAGUGUUAUAAUUGUGAAGGGGAUCCAACGUGUGCUAUAUGUGCAAAAUGUUUUUUUGCAUCAAAUCAUAAGAAUCAUAUAUAUAGGUUAACACAUACAAGUGGUGGUUGUUGUGAUUGUGGAGAUACUUCAUGGAAUAUUAAUGGUUCAUGUUUUGAUCAUAGAGGAAUUAAUGAAGAUUGUUUGAUUAACAAUUCUAUAUUAAAUAUUGAUAUAAAGAAUCGUGUAAGAGAAGAUUUGGAAUGUUUGAUAGGAACAUUAUUUAGGGAUAUAGUAUUAAAAGAUGGAUAUUUUUUAUCUUUAGUAAGUGCUGAUUAUAUAGAGCAUGCAUUUGAUUUUUUUAAAGAUUUAGGUAUUACAAGUUAUUUAUUUCGGCAAGUUAUCUGUGAAGUAUUUACAGGUGCAAAAAUAGAUUUUUUAGUAAAUUUUCAUUAUUGUUUUUAUGUAGGUGUACAGAAAGCUUUAUAUUCUUUUUAUUUAUCUUUAUUUGUUCAUCCAUAUUUUAAACAAAGGUUUGCUUUUAAGUUAGCUAAACAUUAUAAAUUGGUUGUUCGUGUUGCUGAUGAUCGAAUUUAUAAUGAUAAUCAUUUGAAUGGUUUAAGUGUUCAGGUAUUAACUGUUCCCGAAAUAGCAUAUACUUUAGUUAUAAAUAAUUUCUUGAAUGAUUUAUUAAAAUUAAUAGAAAAUUUAUGUGUAUUUAAUAAUGUAACAAAUUGUGUUAUGCAUAAAAAUUUCUUACGAUCUGAUAUCGAAAUUAUAAUUCGUAUAUGUGUUGAUUUGAAAUAUUUGCUUUAUCAUCAUGAAGUUAUAAAAAUUGUAUUAUUUAAUAAAUAUGUCAUUAAAAAAAUAUUAAAAAUAUUAUCUCUUUUGCAUAGAAUGAAUUCACAAGUACGAUAUACAAAAUCGCAUAUUAUAUAUGAAGAUUUAUCUAGUUCCUAUUCCAUAACGAUUGAAAAUUAUUUACUUCGUGUAUUUGAACCCUUGGCUAAUUUUUGUAAAAGAGAAGCUAAUGCAAAUUUUAGAAAUUUAUUUUUAUUGUAUCAAUUAACAAUUAGAGGUAUACAUAAAUUGGAUUUGUUUCCAUUUAAUCGAAAAAAAAAGGAGGCAGAAAAUUCUUUUAUGAAUCGCAAAAAAUUGAAGGAAAAAAAAAUUACAAAAAAGAGGAAUAUUAAAGAGGAUAAUUCAACGGAUGACUUGACAGGUGAUAGUGAUAAUAGUAGUACUAAUAAUGUUUGUCGCUGUGAUACUAGUAAUUAUGAUAAUACGAUGUUUGAUCGUAGUUGUAGUAUACCAGGGUUAAAUAAUAUGAAUGAUGACGUUAAUAAAUCUGGAGGGGUAUCUUUAAAUGAUGAUAAUAUAAAUAAUGAUAAUAAUAAUACAAAUAAUAAUACAAACAAUAAUACAAACAAUAAUAAUAAUAAUACAAAUAAUAAUACAAACAAUAAUAAUAAUAAUAAAAAUUGUGAGGGCAAGGCCAAUGAUCAAACGAAUAAGAAAAAAAAAUUCAAACAUCUUAGAUCUUUACAUUCUCCAUUAGUUCGAUUCUUUAUCAUGAUUUUAAAUUUUGAUGUCAUUAAAAAAUGCCUAGAUGACGUGUACUGGUAUAAAUAUUUAUAUUUAAGAAGGGUUUAUGAAAAAAAAAGGAUAUAUAAAAAUAGAAAAAAAAGUCCUGCAUAUAAUACCAAUGAUGAUAAUAAAAAUGAAGUGUGUACUAAAAAUAUUCCAUGUGAUGAUAAUAAAAAUGAAAUGUGUACUAAAAAUAUUCCAUGUGAUGAUAAUAAAAAUGAAGUGUGUACUAAAAAUAUUCCAUGUGAUGAUAAUAAAAAUGAAGUGUGUACUAAAAAUAUUCCAUGUGAUGAUAAUAAAAAUGAAAUGUGUACUAAAAAUAUUCCAUGUGAUGAUAAUAAAAAUAUUCCAAGAGAUGAUAAUAAAUCAUAUAAUAAAAUGUACAAUAAUAAUAAAAUGAAUAAGGAGUUAACAUAUAAUGAUGAAUAUAUAAUAAAUGAAUUUAUUAGAGAUUUUUAUUCUAUAGAAAAGCAUUCAGAAGAAAUAAUAAAUCAGCGAAAAAUAUUACAAGAAAGAUAUGAAAACGAUGGUAAUAAUAUGAAGAUAACACUUUUUCAUUUUAAAAAAUUUUUUACAAGUAAUGAUGAACAUAAGAAUGAACAUUUAGGAAAAUAUAUAGAUGAACAUAUAUAUUUAGAAAGUAAUUAUUUUAAAUGGAUUAUGAAUAAUAAUUCUAGUUCUAAAUUACGUGAAUGUAAUAAUAAGUAUAGAAUUAAAUAUAGAGAAACCAUACAAGAAAAGAAUAUAAAAAUAAAAUGUAAAAAUAUAUAUAUAGAGAAAAAAUUAAAAAAUUCAAAAUAUGAAUUUAAUGAAUUUUUGGAUAUAAAAUAUGAUAAAGAAAAACAUAAUAUAUAUUUACAUCCUUUAUAUAUAGAUUUAUAUAUGAGAGAUAUAUUUGAGUUUUUAAAUUUAUUUGAUUUAAAAUUAUUAAAAAAUAUUCUUUUUAUAAAUAUACAAAUCUUAACAUUUAUAUAUGAAAUUAAAUAUGGUUAUUGGGUAAGAAAUGGUCCACAAAUGAUUUUCCAGGUUGGUGAAUAUGAUAAUUCUUUAUUUUUUCAAAAUGAUUUAAUAGGAAUACAAUUUGCUAUAAUAAUGAUGAAUGUCUUACCUUUAUACGAAAAUCAAAAAGUUUAUUUAGAUUCACAUGUGAUCAAUCUAUUUCAUCAAAUAUGGAAUAUUAAGGUUCAAUACGAUGAACCACUUAAAAAAUUACCAUGGUCAAAAAAUGAAUACAACGAUGUGCAAAAUGAUUAUAUACAUAAAGCUGAUGAUGAAAUAUGUAUAAAUGAAAAGGUAUAUGAUGAGGAUACUAAUAAAUAUAUAGAUACAUCCCCAAAUUUUUCAUAUAAUCAUAAUAUUCAGAAUCACUAUAUGGUAGAAGAACAUUCUGAGGAUAAAAAACCGUAUUAUAUGAAUAAAAUAAAAUAUAUAAAAAAAAAUGAUGAAUUUUUUGAAGAACAUAUGAAAAUGUAUGAGAGCAUGCUUAUAUAUAAUAGAUCCAAAAAAUCAAAUGAUAAUAAUACCUUACCUGUUAAUAAUAAAAUGGGAAAUUCAAAAGGAAAAAAUUUGGAUCACGAUGAUGGUGAUCAUGUCAAAUUGCUUUUUGGAAUUGACGACAAAAAUGUAAGCAAUAAUAAUAACACAAAUAAUAUAAAUAGUAUAAAUAGUAUAAAUAAUAUAAAUAAUAUAAAUGUGUGUAAUAAUAACAAUACAUAUGUUUAUAAUAAGGUGGAAUUUAAAUCUAUAUGUGAUCUUUUGUGUAAAUAUUCAUGCAAACAAUUAAAAGACCAAGAAAAUGAAUCAAACCCACUGUUAAGAGAAACCGAAGGGAGGUUAACCUCGGAUAAUAUAAAUUUCAACAAAUUAGAUAAUAAUAAUGAUAAUAUACAAAGUGAUUUGUUAGAUAAUGAUAAAAGGUAUUAUAAUAAAGGAUCUGUAAGGAAAGAAUCAAUAUAUAAUGAAGAUAGAAUAUGUGAAAAAUAUAAAAAGAGCAAACUAGAAUGGAAUGAAUAUUUAGAAGAAUUUAUGAAUAUAGAAAUAAGAAAUCCAUUUAUUAUAUUAUAUCAAUUAAUAUUUAAGAAUUUUCGUAUGAAUUUAAAUAUAAGAAAAAUAAAUGAUAUGUAUGUAGAAAUCGAAAUACAUCAUAUAAAGAUGGCAUAUAAAAUAUUUAGUGAUAUAUAUACAAAUAAAUCUACUGUAGAUUCUAGGAAAAUUGGUCAUAUAUUUUAUUUUCAAUUUUUUUAUGAUAUAAUUAUACGUAUCUUUAAUGAAUUAUAUUAUUUAGAAUAUAGUAAUAUACCAAGAAAAACAUCUUAUGAAAAAUAUAUAGAAAGAGGUAAAUAUCAUGUUAAGAAAAUAUUAAUACAAUUAUUAGCAUCAAAAGAUUUUCAAUAUUUUCAACUCGAAAAUGUAUUUCCUAAGCAAUUUAGACACCAUCCAAGUUUUUAUGAACUUGUUAAUAAAUAUGGAUAUAAAACACAUAUGCCUAGAAGUAAUGUUAAUUUGAUAAAGUUAAAUAAGAAUUCGUGGUAUCUCUAUGAUGCCUUUUGGCCCCUUUCAGCAUUCAAAGAUUUUCAAACAGCUAAUGAAAAAUGUAUAAAAGAAGAAAAUUCUUCCUAUAUAGGAUGUUCAAGGGAAGAAGACAAAGAAUAUUUAAAUUUUUCAUUUCGCAAAGUACAAAAUUUAUUAUUCUAUACAUUUAAAAAUAGUUGUCUCGUUUCUAUACUUUUAAUUGUGUUUAUUAUUAAUGACGAAUUUCAGAGGAAAAUCGAAAAAAAAAAAAAAGAAGAAUUAGAAAAGGAAGAAAUGAAAAAGCAUAUGAAAGCGGAUGUAACGGGAGAAGACGACUCGUUGCUUAAUCAAAAAGGUGGUACAACGAAUAAUAAUACGUGUGAUGUAGGAGUUGUCAUUAAUGAGGAAGCAAACCGAUCCAGUGGAAUGUCACAAAAUGUUGUGACUUAUGAGAGUGGUAUAAAUAUGAAUAAUGAUGAUGUAUUAGGAGAAGAAAGGAAUAAUAACGAUGAUAUUAAUUAUAUGGAUGAUAAUGAUGAUGAUAAUGAUGAUAAUGAUGAUGAUAAUGAUGAUAAUGAUGAUGAUAAUGAUGAUGAUAAUAAUGAUGAUAAUAAUGAUAAUGACAAUAAUGAUGAUGACAAUAAUGAUGAUGACAAUAAUGAUGAUGACAAUAAUGAUGAUGACAAUAAUGAUGAUGACAAUAAUGAUGAUGACAAUAAUGAUGAUGACAAUAAUGAUGAUGACAAUAAUGAUGAUGACAAUAAUGAUGAUGACAAUGAUGAUAAUGAUGAAGAUUCCAAUCUUCAUGGUAGUUCUUCUAAUAUGCUAAAUAUUAUAAACAGCGGUGAUAAUAAUUCAGUAACUAAUUCUAGUAAUAUAAAUACAGCACGAAAUAAUAAUAGUACAUAUAUAAUUGUAGAUCAGAAUGGAGAUAAUGAAACCUUAUUUGCAGAGAUAUUAAUAAAUCGUAAUCCUAAUAAUUCUAUAAAUAUGGAAAUUGUAAAUGUAACGGAUAAUAAUGUUGGUGAUGAAAAUAAUAAUAGAAAUUAUCGUCAUUUAAAUGCUGAUGGAUUAUCUGAAUUAAUCAGAAGUCUUAUAAGUGAAAAUAAUAUUAUUAAUAAUGUAAUAGAUGAAUCUUUUUUACAAAAUAAUAAUGUAGGAGGUGAUAAUUCUAUUAAUAAUGAUGACAUAAGAAAUAGAGGUGGAUCAAUAUUUGAUGAUAAUAUAUCUUUUGAUAAUAAUUCAUCAAGUGAUGAAUUGAAUUUAAUGGAUUCUACAAAUUCAAAUAAUGUCAGAAUCAAUUUAUACGGUAGAACAAAUGGAUUGUACGAUUUAAAUUUUAUUUUGGAUAGUAAUGAAAUUAUGGGUAACCUUAAUACACAUAAUGUGAAUAAUACAAUAGAUAUAUUGAUCAAAAUUAUAAAAAUUUUGAGUGUCGCCAUGGGUUCAGCGCAUCCCUUUAUUGAGCUAAAUAGUUUUUAUUAUUUUAACGCGGUGAAUUUUUAUGGCACAGAUAAUGAUGAUGACAGUGAAAAAAAUGAGGAAAUUGGUAACGAAGAAAAUGACAAAAAAUAUAUUGAUAAAAAAUAUAUUGAUAAAAAAUAUAUUGAUAAUAAUGAAGAAAUUGAAAAAAAACACCAUUGUGAUCAAAAUAAAAUUUAUGAUGAUGUUGAUAGGCUAUCCUCCGUAUCAUCAAAUUCUUAUGAUAUAUUAAUGAAUCAUUUGGAAGAAUCAUGUAUGUAUACAAGUUAUUCAGAUGAAACAUAUGAGAAGAAUGGUAAUGUUUAUAAUAUGAGGGAGGGAUUUAAUGUGGAAAACCUUUCUUAUGAUAAAGAUAUAUUAAAUGAAAAAAAAGACAUAGUAGAAAUAGAAAAUGAGAAAGAGAAAUAUAUAAAAAUAAAUGAUCAUACUGUGAGUAGAAAUUAUGGUUGUGUUUCCUUAUUAAAAGAUGAACCUAAAUUUUCAUCAACCGAUGGAAAUAAUAAUAAUAUUAUUAAUCGUUGUAAUAAUAAUAAUUAUUAUUAUGAUAAUAUGAAACAUGUUGAUGAGAAAGGUGGUGAAGGUGAAGGUGAAGAUUCAGAAGAAUGUCAAAUAAAAGAAAGUUACAAGAAAAUGUCUGAAUGUAAUAAUAAGGAAAAUAUAAUUUUUGAUUCCAUUAAUGUAUUAAGAAAAAACAAUAUAAAGAGAUUAAAAAAUUAUAUGUGUAAAAAUAAAAAUUGUUAUAUAUAUUAUGAUGAUAAUAAUAAUAAAAAGAAGAAGAAUAAAAAGAAUGUUGAAAAUCAAGAAAAAGAAUUUUACGUGUUAAAUAAAAUAUUUGUACAUAAUUUUAUAAAUUGUAUUAAUAAUAUAAAUGUGAAUGAAGAUAAGUGCUUUCAAAAAGUGAGAUCUACCAUUUUAAAUAGAUUAAAAGAGAUGUAUUCUGGAAAUUAUGAUUGUAAAAAUAAUAAUAGUAAUAAUGAAUUUAUAGAAUUAGCAAAAAAAAAACAAGAAGAUUUAUUAAAAAGUAUGAAAGAACAACAAUCCAAAUUUAGUCAUUUUUUAGAAGAGGAAUAUUCAUCUGAAGAAAAUGAUUCGCUACCAAAUGGAGGAACUGAAGAUUUUGAAGAUGUCGAUUUUGUGGAUGAUGCUAGUAGUUAUUUAGAUAGUAAUAGUAAUAAUAAUAGUGAUGGUCAUGAAGAUGAUAAUAAAAAUCGUUGUACUGAUGUAAAAACAAAUAAACAAGAAGAAGAAUUCUCUAUAUCUAAUGUUAAUGAAAAAAAAAAAAAAAAAUAUAUGAAAGGAAUAACAAUUUGUGAAUAUGAAAAAAUAAAAGAAAAAAAUUGUAUAUGUGUUUUAUGUAAAGAAGGGAUGUCUAAAAAUAAUUUAUUAGCAUAUAUAUGUUUUUCAUCACAUACUAAUUUAUUAAAAAAAAUUAUAAAAAAAAAUAAAUUUUCAUUUCCUUGUAAACACCCAUCUAUAUAUACGUGUGGUCAUUUUAUACAUACAAAAUGUUUACAUAAUACAAGGAUAUUAAAAUAUAGAAAAUUGUUCAGUGUAAAAAAUGAACCAACUCUUUAUGAAUUCACAUGUCCUUUAUGUCGUUCAAUAGCUAAUAGUUUUGUGGUGUAUAUACCAAAGAGGUAUAUAUCGGAGAAUGAUAAAUAUAGAAUUUAUGAUUGUAAUGAGGAGGAAUUUUUCUUGGAUAACUCAAAUAAAAAUUUAUCCGAACUUUUGAAAAUUUCGAAAUAUUCAGAAGAGAGGAAUUAUGGAAUUAAAAGGAAGAAGGAAAGAGAAGAAAAAAAAAAAAGUAAAAUGAUAAUGAUGAGAGGAAUGGAAAGCGAUAAUAUAAACGAAAUGGUAAGCGAUAAUAUAAACGAAAUGGCAAGCGAUAAUAUAAACGAAAUGGUAAGCGAUAAUAUAAACGAAAUGACAAGCGAUAAUAUAAACAAAAUGGCAAACCAAAUGAAUUAUGAACAAAAUACAGAUGGUAUUAUAAUAAAAUCAAGUGAUAAUAUAAACGAAAUGACAAGCGAUAAUAUAAACAAAAUGGCAAACCAAAUGAAUUAUGAACAAAAUACAGAUGGUAUUAUAAUAAAAUCAAGUGAUAUACCAAAUAAUGUUCAGGUAGACAUAUUUAUAAAUAAUAAUAUAUCACAAAUUUAUGAGUGUGCUGAGCAAAACAUAGAAUUAUUAAAAGACAUAAAGAAUGGAGAAUCUACAAAUAUGUGCAACAAAGCAGAUAAUUUGUUUGCUAUACAAAAUGAUAACAAUUAUCCUUAUAGAAAUAAAGAAAGUGAAGAAAUAUGUGAAGGAGAAGAUUUUUUAUUAAUAAAUAAAAAGAAUAUUUCUUGUAAUUAUUUGAAUAACUAUGUAACAAACGAUACAUUAAGAAAUGACAAUGUAAUGAUACAUAAGGAUAUCUUAUUAGAUGAUUAUUUUUUACAAGAUGAUAAUAAAUUUUCUACAUGUUCUAUAACAUUGAAUGAUUAUCUAAUAGCUCGAUAUUUUAAUAUAACAAAUUGUGAUUAUAUUAAAAAUGAUAAAUGUAAGAGUAGGAAGGAUAUUUGUUUUAAUGAUAAUAAUAAUAAUUACAAUAAUGAUGAUGAUAAUGAUGAUGAUAAUGAUGAUAAUAAUGAUGAUGAUAAUAAUAAUGAUGGUGACAAUAAUUACGAUACGGGGGAAGAAAGCUUAUCCACCCUGUCGUCUUGCUCAUCAGAAAAUGUAUCAUCCGAUAAUCAUAUGGAUGAUAGUGAUAUAGCUGAAGAAUUUUAUUUUAAAUAUACACAUGAUAAGAAUAAAAAUAUAAAAAUGGCGAACAAAAAAAAUAAGAAAAGGAACUUAAAGGAAAAUCAUAAAGAAGAUUUCCAUAUGAAUAAUAGUAAUACUCAUAAUGUGAGUUCAUAUAAUUUUUUCGAUGAAAAUAAGAAGAAUACAAUUUUUAAUUUAAAUUUCUGUAAUCUUAUAAAAAAGGAUAGUUUAUUAAAUGAUAUGUUAGCAUAUGAAUGUUAUGAAAAAAAUAAAAAAAUAAUAUUAAGAAAUAUUUAUUUAAAUGAAAAUAAUAUGUAUGAUGAAUUAUUUGAAAAAAAGAAAAAUGAUAAUAAUGUGGGUACACAUAAUAUUAUAUAUUCACAAGAAAAUAAUGAUGACCUUUUAAAUAAUAAAGAUGAUAUAAAUAUUAUAUAUAAAAAUAGCAAUAUGGAAAAACAAAAAAGAAUAAGAAGGAGAAAAAAAGGAAGAGGUACCGAAAUAUAUUUUUAUAAAAAUACAUCUAAUUAUGUAAAUAAAGAUUAUACAUUUACAUAUAGAAAUUCGAAUUUUUAUUAUCGUACGAAAAAUGGUUUUUUAUCUUACUAUGUUAGUUUACCAUUAUCAUUUAUUAAAGAAAUACAAUAUUUUAUGAUAAAAAAUAAAUUAUAUAAUUACCCAGGAAAUAAUAGAUAUAAUAAAUUUUAUUUAACGACGGAGGUAGAUAAGGAAGAAAUCAAAAAAGAAGAAAUGGAGAUGAAUAUCGAUAUGAAAAUCGACCCGUCUAUGUUUUGUAAUUUUGAAGACAAAAUAAAAACGAAGGAAGAAUAUAAUACUGUAUUAUAUUAUGAAAUGAAUAAUGAUAUUAUAACAUAUGUAAAAUCUAAUUUUAAUUAUGAAAGCAUAAAUGCCGAUGAGGCGGUUAAAAAGUAUGAGGUAUGUGAUUUUUAUACAGAUGGUACUUUUGAUAGUGCUGGUGAAAAAUUAUGUAGUGAAGAAAAGCAAGAUCAUUUAAUAACGAGACAUAAAAUAAAAGAGUGUUCACAUGAAAAUGAAAGUGAGCAGAAGGAAAAAAGAUUAAAAGUAGGACAUGAGCAUGAAAUGGUGGAUGGUAUAAGUAAUAUGGGCGUGGCUAAUAAUAAUGAUAAUAUAUAUGGUGAUAAUAUAUAUGGUGAUAAUAUAUAUGGUGAUAAUAUAUAUGGUGAUAAUGAUAAUAUAUAUGGUGAUAAUAUAUAUGAUAAUAAUAAUAAUAGUUGUGUAGGGGGUGAAGAUUUUAUUUGUGAUAACAAAUCAGAUGAUAUUAAUUUUGAAUUUAUAAAAGAUUUAAAUAAAAUAAAUUAUGAAGAAAAUAAAAAAGAAAAAAAAGAAAUGUUAGAAAUAGAAAAAUUAAAUAAAGAGAAUAUAAAUGGUGAUAAAAAAGAUAUAUAUAAAUUUAAAUAUCCAUGUAAUAUAGAAGAAAUAAAAGAUCAUAAUAUAUCGAUGAAAACAAGUUUAUCUAUGGAUGUAUAUGAAGGUAUUGUAAGUACAAAUAAAAAUAUAUAUGAAAUAUACAAUGAAUUAAAAAGGAAACAAUAUUUUUAUUCCGUGUGCGAUAUAAAAUCAUUAAGACAAUCAAUUAUAUUAUUAGAUGGUAUAUCGGAAAUAUCAUGGAGAAUAUUUCAUCAAGAACAUACAACAUUUUCAUCUAUAUUACACCAUUCGGAAAAUUAUAAAAGAUUAAUUGAUUUCGAUUAUAAUACAAAAAUAGAUGAUAACGAUGAAGAUAUUGAUAUAAAAGGUAUUGGUGUUAACGAUUUAUUAAAAAUAUAUCGUAGAUUAGAAAUAUAUCCUGAUUUUAUAUUUAAUAAUAAUAACGUGGGUUUUAUUAAUAGACAUGAUUUAAAAUUUAUAACUAAAAAAGAUCUCCUUUUAAUGAAUAGAAAAGAUUAUGAGAGAAAUAAAAAGGAAAGGAAAAAAAAAAAUACUAAUUUGUAUCCAACAAAUUCACAAACUAAUAAUAAUGAAAAUGAUGAUAACAAUAAUAAUAACAAUAAUAACAAUAAUAACAAUAAUAACAAUAAUAAUAAUAACAAUAAUAAUAAUAAUAAUGAUAGUCGUGGGGAUGUUAAUAAACCUAAGAAUAAUAAUUCCUUUAAUAAUAAUAGUGAGACAAAAGAAGGUAAUAAAAAGAAAAAGAAGAAUCAUAGUGAUGUAUUAAACAUAAAAUACUGGAGAAAUAUUAAUACGGCUGUUGAUUUUUUUAAAAUAUAUUGGAUUUUAUAUAAUGAGAUAUUAAUAAAUAUUUUUUAUAAAAAUAUAAAUUAUAUAUCUUGUAAUAAUAUGAUAGAAAUUUUAGUACGUAAUUUAUUUUUAUACAAAUAUGAAUUAAAUAUUUUAAAAGAAGAAAAUAUGUGUAAUCUUUUUAAUAUUCAAACAUGGAAAAAUAUGUAUAAAAUAUGUUUCUUUUAUGUCUAUCCUUAUCGAUUUACCUUUAAUAAAUAUAAAAAAUUUUUCAAUAAAAUUAAAAAAAUUCACUUUUUAAAUAAUUUAUCCUUUAUUCCAUUAUCAGUAGAUGUAUUAAAAUUAUUUAUGAAUUUUUUUUUAAAUCAAUAUUUAUAUACUCCUUCAUUAAUUAAGCAUUUUAUUUCAAUAUCAUUAAUCAUAAUAUCUUUUCAAAUUAUGAAUGAAAUAUUUAUAAAAGAAAUAUCAAAGACAUAUGUAAGAUUUAUUUUUAAGACAAUACAAAAUUAUAACAAAAUCAAGAAAUAUAUUACUCGUAUAUCUAAAUAUAUGUAUUUUCAAAAAAUAUAUACAAAUUAUAUUAUCAGCCAUUAUGAAUAUGUAGACUAUAUUGAGAGGGCCAAUACAUUUAUUCAAACCGAAGAAACAAAAAAAAUAAGACAUAAUGAAAGUUCGAUUUAUCAUAAUAUUGAAAUGGUAGGACAUAAACAAAAUGAACAGAAAAGGCAUUCUUUAAAUUCUUACGACAGAUUUCACAUUUUUCUUUUUGAAAAAUAUGUAAAAAAUUCUAUACCAGGAGGUGAAAAUAUAACUUUAAAAUAUGUGAAUGGUCGAUAUAAAUUAUAUGACAAUGAGCAAGAGGUAGUACGUAUGAGUGAUCUUGAACAUUUUGAAAAGAUAAAAAAUGUUUAUUCGAAAAAAGCAACGGAUAUUUUAAAAAAGAAGAAUGAAAAAAUGAAAAAUGAUAAAGAGGAAACUGGUAAUGAACAAGCAAAUAAUUGUAAUAAAACAUUAGAUGGUAAUAAAACAUUAGAUGGUAAUAAAAUAUUAGAUGGUAAUAAAACAUUAGAUGGUAAUAAAAUAUUAGAUGGUAAUAAAAUAUUAGAUGAUAAUAAAUUAUUAGAUGAUAAUAAAUUAUUAGAUGGUAAUAAAACAUUAGAUGGUAAUAAAAUAUUAGAUGAUAAUAAAAUAUUAGAUAGUAAUAAUAAUAAUAAUAAUAAUAAUAAUAAUAAUGGCGAAAACAAAAGUUGGAACUUCCAGAAUGUAUCAUCUUACAACGAUUUAAUAAAAUCCGUGCUUGAUAAAAAAAAUUUCUUUUUUAUUAUAGAUAUUGUUAACUUAUUUAAAAAUAUACAAACAUUGUCGUAUUUAUUUGAUGAAGAAACAAUAAGGUACGUACACAUGAUUAUUAUGAAUAGUAAAAUAUUAUCAUAUGAUUUAAAAGAAAUAGAAAGAAAAAAAAACUUGCAAAAAAAGAUUUAUCCAAAUUUUACUUCUUAUAUUACAAAACAGAAGAAGGCAAAUAAAUUAAAAUGUUAUAAUUAUGAUUUAUUACAUAUUGAAAAGAAAUGGAUAUUAUAUCUUAUAUAUAAAACCAUAUUAAAAUAUUAUGAUAUGCUUAUAUUUAAGAAGAAAGUUCAAAAACUUAUGCUUUUGAUGUGUGAAAUUAAUGAUGAAUAUAUAAAAUAUAUAUAUUUUAAUGGUUAUAUUCCUAUAAAUAUAUAUUUAAGUACAAACUUAAUAAAAUACAAUGAAUUCUUUACAAAUUAUUAUUCUUAUAUAUAUAACAAAAAUGUUAAUGAUAAAUGGGGUGAUUUCCAUGUCUUAUAUUUCCAAAAUGAAGAAAAUAAUAUAAAAAAAGAAAACAAAAAAAAUUAUUAUUAUUAUUAUUAUUAUUAUUAUUAUACACUUUUUAAAAACAAACAUGUUUUAAAAAGAGAUUAUAAUCAUAUUGUAAGUAAUAAUAUACAACCCAUUAAUAAAAUGAAUGAACCCAUAACAUCUAAUGAAUGUACCUCUCCAAAUAUGUCUUAUCAUAUAGAAUCAAAUGAAAUAUUUAAAAAUGAAGAUGAUCAUAAUCUUAAUAUAUAUAAUGAACAUAUUAUGUAUAAUUCGCACAAAGAUACAAAUUUGUUAUCUUCCUCUAACCAUAUGCAACACGUACAAAAAAAUACCCUCACCAUGAAUCUUGAUCAUUCCAAUAAUCUAAUAAUAAAUGAUAACCAUAAAAGAGAUAAAGAACAUAAUAUAAAUACGAAACAUUGGAAUAAGAACAUAAUAAAUAGUAAUUAUUUUAAUGUAUAUAAUAAUGAUUCUAGCCCAAAGGAGCAAAUCCAUUUAGAGGAAGGUGGGGGUGGUUUAAUAGAUGUUGAUGAUGAUAAAAAGGAUAAUGUUAUUAAUAGUGAUAAUCAUUUUAAGGAAACGACAUAUAAUCAUAUAGCAUAUCAUAAGGACCAAGAAUUAUCCACAGAAUUAAAUUUAUUUAAAUAUAAAUUAUAUAAUAUAUCCAGUGAAGAAAUUAGUAAUUUAUAUUUAAUGGAAGAUUGUAAUAAUGAAAAAGGAUUUUUUUCAUGUGUUCAUAAAAAUGAAGAUUUUGAAUAUAAGAAUAUUAACAUUUUAAAUAUAUUAAAAUAUCAAUUUGAACUAGUUCCAUAUAUUAAUCAUUUAUAUUAUCUUUAUAAUAUCUAUCCAUUAUUAUUUAAAUUGAAAGAGAUAAAAAAUAUUCAUGAUAUGAAAGAAAAACAAAUUAAUUUAUGUACAGACCAAUUUUUAUUAUCCUUAGUAGAUAAAGAUAUUUAUGAUUGUUAUGAUGAUGUAAAUUUUUCUGAUGCUAGUUUUUAUAGUGAUCAAACUAUUCAUGUUUCUGAAAAAGAAUGUGAACAUAAAAAUCAUAAUAGUAAUAAAUAUGAUUGUAAUAAUUAUCAUCCUUUUAAUGUAUCUCAUUUAUCUUAUCCAUAUAAAGAUCAAAAUGGUGACGAAGAAGAUACAUUGCAAAUUAAUUCUUCAUUAAAUAUUCUUGAAAAUGUUGUCGAUCUUGAUGAACUCAUAAAAGAUUUGAAAAAAACAAAAAAGAGCAAAAAAAAAACUAGUAAAAAUAAAUAUGCUGAUAAAUUUUUUGUCUCAUUUUUUAAUACAGCAUUGAAAAGAGACGAAGAUAAAGGAAAAACAAAUUAUGUACAUUAUAGAAAAUUACGAAAUGCUAAAAAUAAUAUAAAAUUAAAAAAUUUAUUCUUAUCACACCAACAAAAUGAUACUAUUUAUGAUAAUAUAAAUGGUAAUAUUUGUGAUAAUUUAUACGGUAAUGUCAAUACCUAUCAAAACUCAGCUUCUCUUAUAUUUGUAGAUCCACAUAAUUUAACAAAUAUAAAUAUUUCCAACGAAUUAAAUAAUAAUAUCAAUAUAAAUUGUUCGAAAAAUAAAAAAAAAAAAAAACCAUCAUCAAAUGAUCAAAAUAAUACUGAAAAUGAAGACAUGCAAAAUAGCUCAUCUGAUAAUCCAUAUGAUGAUUCAAAUUUUAUAUCUUAUCAUGAAAGUAUAGAUUCUACAAGUAGUACAGAUAAAUAUCAUAAAAGAAAAAUGACCCCUAUGGAAAGUAUGUUUUUAAAAUAUACAUUAAAUACAUCAGAAGAUGCAUUAUCCAAUAAAUAUAAUGUAACUAGCAAAAAUAAAAAUAAAAAAGAAUAUUUAAGUUUUCUUAAAUAUAAAGAUGCAAACAAAAUUCAACGUUAUCAUAUGUUAUUAAGAAAAAAUGGUCUUGGAAGAUUGUUUUUUUAUAAUUUAAGAAAAAUGUAUAAUUAUGUAUAUAAUCUAUAUGAUUUCAUACCUCUUUAUCUUAUACAAAAUAUAUUAAUACAUUAUUAUGAUAUAUAUCAACAUGUAAACCAAUAUUAUUAUCAUGAUGAUAAAGAAUAUCCCACUUUUUUUACACAACAAAAUGAAGAUGAUGAAUAUGAAUAUACCAAGUUUUCUAAAAAUUUCUUUAAUACUAAUAAAUGGAAAAAAAUGUAUUCGAAAUAUGAAGACAAACUAAAUAACGAAACAUAUCCGGAACCACCAAAAAAAUAUAUUUCAAAUAAACAGCGACAUAAAGAAAAUAUUCUAAUAUACCAAAAUUUGCAAAAUGAUCAUAUGAAUAAUCAUUAUAAUAUUGCUAAUAAUGAUAUAGAAAAUAAAAAUCAAACCAAUUCAUCAUACCUUUUUAAUGUUCACCAUCAAAAUUGCCCUUCUCUAUCAUCAAACAAUCUUGUAAAUAUUAAUAGUACUUUAAUCAAUGACCACCAUUUUGUACAAACAAAUAAUGAUCAUAUGAACAUCAUACAACAUAUGGAGAACAUUCCAGAAAUGUCGGAAUGUAAUUUAAAAACUGACCAAAAUAAUAACAUCUUUAAUUUUCCACAAGAUAAAAUAAAUCCUGAUACAAUGAAGAAAAAUGAAAAAAUGGAAUUCUCGGUAAAUAAAAAAAUAAAAACAAACCAUAACACAACUGGAUAUAAUAAAAGAAAUAAUGAUAGGUAUAAUUAUUCUAGUACUCCUAAUUUUUUUGGAAAAGAUGAAUAUGAUAACACAUCAUAUGAGGAUUAUAUAAAAAAAAAAAAAAAAAACUUCUCUUCAACAAGUAGAAGAAAACGAAAUAAUAAUAUAAAUAUGAAAGAAUUUUUUGCAAAUGGACGUUAUGAUAAAUUAUUAAGUAUAAAGAAAAUAUUUAUGAUAUUCUAUAAUUAUUUGAGGAAGUGUCAUUUUAUCGAUAAAAAAAAUUCUUGUAAGAAUUUAUAUAAAUCAUUUUUAAAAAAAUAUUUAAAAUCAGCUAAUGUAUAUUUACAAUUUAUAGCUUAUAUUAUAUUCUCCAUAUAUGAUUAUAAUUCAUUAGCAAAAAAAUAUUUAGAUUAUAUACACUUAUAUAGUGAUAUUAGUAAAUAUAAUAUAUUCCUUCAUAUAUUAAAUAUCGACGAAGACUAUGAUAAAAUAUAUAUAUAUCAAACAUUACAAUUAAUAUAUCAUCCAUAUUUUUAUCUAAUGUAUAAAUUAUAUAAAUAUCUAAAAAUAGAUGCCUCCCCAGUAUUAUUACAUGAUUUUUAUGAAAACUGGGAAGAAUUUACAAAAUCCCCAUCUUUAUUUCAACCUAGCAAAAAUUAUUUCACAUUAAUUAAAAAACAUUUCAAAAGAAAAUGUGUAAGUUGUAAUAAGUCUCCAAAAAAAAUACUUAUCUGUCUCUAUUGUGGUUCAACUGUUUGUCUGCAUGAAGGUGACCAUGUGUCCGGACCCUUAUCACAAACUAUAAGUAAAUGUGUGUACCAUACGACCAUCUGUGGAGGAGAGCAAUGUUUAUACUUAUGUUUAAAUACAUCAUCGGUGUUGUUUACGAGUGAAAACCGAUUCGAUUUUAUGAGUGGACCUUAUGUCGACAAAAAUGGAGAUGUGGACUAUCAAUUAAAGAGAGGAAAAAAUUUAUACCUUUCUUCUUAUAAGUUGAACAAACUUUUUGACGUUAUAAUUAAUUCAGCAGUUGAUGUUGAAAUAUAUAAGCAUACGUUGAAAUCGGAAUAA